AUCUCAUUUUCCUAUAUCAUACAUAUUUUAUUACCUUGAAACAUGGCACGUGAGACUAAAAAAGGGUUAGUUUUGCUUCUUGUUCUUUUAGCAGCAUGCUACAUGCAACAAUGUGUCAAUGGAAAUUCACCUCAAGUGCCUUGUUUUUUUAUAUUUGGAGACGAUUACAAUGAUAAUGGAAAUAACAACAAUCUUCCAACAACUGCUAAAGCUAAUUACAAACCAUAUGGCAUCGACUUUCCCAAAGGCCCAACAGGAAGAACAACCAAUGGGGAAACACAAGUUGACAUAAUUGUCAAAUUACUUGGAUUUGAGAAACCCAUUCCACCAUUUGCAAAUACUAUUGGCUCGGAUAUACUUAAAGGUGUGAACUAUGCAUCUAGUUCAGCUGGAAUUCGUAAUGAAACGGGCAAACGUACAACGGGUACUAAUAUUGCAUUAGGACAACAAAUAGAAAAUCAUAAAAUUAUUGUUGCUCAAAUUGCUAAGAAGCUCAGAGGUGUUAAAUAUGCCACGAAAUAUCUUAAGAAGUGUUUGUAUUAUAUUGAUAUAGGCACCAAUGAUUACUUAUUAAAUUAUUUCCAGCCAAAACUCUACUCAACAAGUAGAACAUAUAAUCCUGAACAGUAUGCUAAAGUUCUUAAUGACGAGUCGUCUGUUUAUGGAAAGACUUUGUAUGAUCUUGGGGCGAGAAAAUUUGUGGGAGUUGGGCUAGCAAAAAUCGGUUGCCUUCCAUACGUGAUUGCUUCUAGAGGAAAAAAGGGAUCAUGUGCAGAAGAGUUGAAUAAUGCUGCAUCAAUAUUUAAUCAAAAGCUAAAAUCUCUACAGGAUCAAUUCAGAACCACAUAUCCUGAUUCCAAACCUACAUUUAUAAAUACUACUGCCUUCAAUAUAUCACCUCAUUUUAAGGUUGUUGAUGCUUCUUGUUGUCCGAUAAAGUCAGAUGGAUACUGUGUUCCAAAUUCAAAACCAUGCCCAGAUAGAAACAACUACUUAUUUUAUGAUGGACUUCAUGCCACGUCAGCUGCAAACAAAAUCAUUGCAUCAAUUUCGUACGACAGUGCCAAUUAUCCAGAGAUAACUUAUCCAAUAGAUAUCAAACAUCUUGCUAAAGUCGUUAUAAAAACACAUUAAAGUCACAAUUGCAUCCUUAAAUAAGUUCAAUUUGGUUGCAUAAUAAAAUGAAAAGCUCACUUUAUUAAGUGUAAGCAAUAAGCAAUCAUAUCAUGAUGGACUAUAAUAAAUUAGAAUUGGGCUUGUAAUCCAUCAUGUUGUCUUUGUGGCGUGUUGAAUAUAUAUAAAAUACAAAAUU